AUGGCUACUCAAUCAUUGGAGAAUGUACAGAUGGAGUCGAAAUCUCAAAAUGUUCACGACAUAGACCCUGCGCUGCAAACGGAACACCAACACCACCACACACAUCACCAUCAUACAGCUUUCGCGCAACAAGGACACGAGGAGGUAGCUUAUACAAACGAUGCCUCUUUUGAGAAGGGCGUUGUACCCGAACCAACACCCUUGGAUCAUGGCAUUCAUAGCCACAGCAAUAGCGACGAUGAUGCGGAGGCAGGGAAAUCGCAGUCACCAGCGCGGUCAUGGGUUCGUCGCAUAAAGAAGUAUAGGCGACACAUUGCCCAUGCUGUGGUCUGGUUACUUUUCACCGGCUGGUGGAUCGCGAGUUUGGUUCUACACCGUAAUGAUAUGAACUGGAUCAUUCCAUUUCUCCUCUACCUUGCUAUCACGCUACGCAUUGUAUUCUUCUAUGUGCCCAUCUCAAUCGUCACGCGACCAAUGUACUUUACUUGGUCACGUACCGCCCGACCUGUCGUCAGUUUUAUCCCGGAAAAGCUACGACUGCCCGCCGGCGCCCUGGUCUGCAUUGCGACUAUCUUGAUCGGCGCAUUCGCGUCUCCCACCGGCCCCGGGAACAAUCGCGGAGAUCGCGCCGUCAGUCUAUUUGGUCUAGCGGUUUUUCUCUUCCUGCUAUAUCUCACAUCGCGAAACCGCAGUAAGAUCCUCUGGCACACUGUUAUCGUGGGAAUGCUCGUUCAGUUCCUUGUUGCCCUGUUUGUGCUUCGGAGUGGUGCAGGUUACGAUAUUUUUAACUUCGUCGCUACCCUAGCUCGUGAUCUGCUCGGCUUUUCCUCCGAUGGUGUCGUUUUCUUGACUGCUCAAGACUUCUAUGACUUGAAGACCCCCAUCACCCCAAGCAGCUGGUUCCUCAUCACCACCACACCUGCCAUUAUCUUUUUCGUCUCUGUUGUCCAGCUCUUCUACUACUUCGGUGUCCUGCAAUGGUUUAUCACCAAGUUUGCUGUGUUCUUCUUCUGGAGUAUGCGUGUAUCUGGAGCGGAGGCAGUUGUCGCUGCUGCAUCCCCUUUCAUCGGCCAGGGUGAAUCCGCUAUGCUUGUCCGUCCGUUCGUCGAACAUAUGACUCUCGCCGAGAUUCAUCAGGUCAUGACUUCUGGCUUUGCAACCAUCGCGGGUAGUGUGCUUAUCGCUUACAUUGCUAUGGGUGUCAGCUCUCAGGCCUUGGUCUCUUCGUGUGUUAUGAGUAUUCCCGCCUCGUUGGCUUGCUCUAAGAUCCGCUGGCCCGAAGAAGAAGAGAGCUUAACAGCUGGUCGGGUCGUCAUCCCAGAUAACGAGGAACACAAGGCGGAGAAUGCCCUGCAUGCAUUCUCUGCUGCGGCCUGGCUCGGUCUUAAGAUCGCGGCUAUGAUGGCAUCUACUCUUCUCUGUAUCAUCUCUCUGAUUGGUCUUGCUAACGGCCUUCUGACUUGGUGGGGCCGCUAUUUGAACAUCAAUGAGCCACCAUUGACCCUUGAGCUUAUUCUGGGCUAUAUUUGCUACCCAAUUGCUUUCUUGCUUGGUGUUUCCCGAGACAACGAUGACCUACUCAAAGUUGGUCAGUUGAUUGGUCUGAAAGUUAUCUCGAAUGAGUUUGUCGCAUACAAAGAUCUCACAACAGAUGCUGCGUAUGCCAAUCUUUCUGACCGCUCCCGUCUAAUUGUCACUUAUGCCCUAUGUGGAUUCGCGAACAUCGGCUCCCUAGGCAACCAGAUUGGUGUCUUGGCGCAAGUUUCCCCUGGUCGUAAUGCUGAUAUCUCUCGCGUUGCAUUGAGUGCUAUGAUCACCGGUGCCUUGAGUACUUUUACCAGUGCAGCUAUUGCGGGUAUGCUUAUCACGGAUGAGAAGAUGUAUAUUAGUUCGAGUUCCUCUUGA